CAACAAUGACAUAUUGUCAUUGCUGACAUUAUUGACAAUAUCCUUAAGUUCUAAAUAAUUAUUGUUGACUAUAUAAAAUAGGACCAUAUAUAAAAUGGAGUGUCUAAUAGCAAAUGUUGAUCAUAUUAAAUUUGAUAUAGAAGUAGCAUUAGAAGAACAGUAUGGAGCUCUCCCAUUACCAUUUAACGGCAUGGACAAAUCUACAGCGGCGGUUUGCUUGUUUUUCACUGCACCUAAUGGCUGCUCUAAAGGUCCUCAAUGUCCCUUUAGACACGUUAGAGGUGACAGGACAAUUGUUUGUAAACAUUGGUUAAGAGGACUGUGUAAAAAAGGAGACCAGUGCGAAUUCUUACACGAAUAUGAUAUGACAAAGAUGCCAGAGUGUUAUUUUUAUUCGAGAUUCAAUGCAUGUCAUAAUAAAGAAUGCCCCUUCCUACACAUUGAUCCCGAAAGUAAAAUAAAAGAUUGUCCUUGGUACGACCGUGGUUUCUGUAGACAUGGUCCACAUUGUAGACAUAGACAUGUGAGGAGAGUAUUGUGUACUAAUUAUUUAGCCGGAUUUUGCCCAGAUGGACCUAAAUGUAAAUAUAUGCAUCCAAGAUUUGAGCUUCCAGCACCUCCAGACCAACUGAAAGAACAAAAGAAAACACCUGUUAUUAUUUGUCAUUUUUGUGGGGAACAUGGUCACAAAGCUAUUCACUGUAACAAAAUGGUCGAUCCUACUAAAGUACAAUUUAUUCAAACUGAUGAUAAAGACAAAGGACCUGAAGUUAAUCCAGAAAUUGCUGCUCAAAAUUCAUAUUUACAGAAGAUGCUACCGAAAAGACUGGAAGAUGUUACUUGUUACAAAUGUGGUACUAAAGGACAUUAUGCUAAUAGAUGUCCGAAGGGACAUUUAGCUUUUUUGUCACAGUCCAAAACUGGAAAUAAUCAAGAAAAUUGUGAUUUAUAAGUGAAGUUUUAUUUAGGAAUAAUUAUUUUAAUAAAUAUUUAGCAGAA